UAUAAUUUAUACAAUUAUAUUUAUAAAAAGUAUUUCAACAUAAUUUGCUGUGCUGAUGGUAUUAGAAGUUGAACUGUAUAUGUUCCAAGUAGCUUGACAGAGAAUGUAUUACUGCAGUGUAAUAUAUCUAACAUGUCAGUUCUCCAUCAUUGUUUCAGUUGAACAGUAUUUACAACGUGAGAGCCCAGAGGACAAGAGGAGAAGAGAGGAAUCUGCUUGUUUGCUUGAAAUACAGCUGGACUACAAACGUCCAGAGGACAUUCACAGACUAAUAGAGGACAGGAACCAGAAGCUGAAGGAAAAAGAGACACAACUGGAUGACAUGACCCAGCAGGUGAGAGAGAAGGAGAGACAACAGGAGGAGCUUAGAAAAUACCUGCAGGACAAGAACAACCAAGUAGAGAAGCUCACAGUCCAACUGCAGGAGAAAGACUCUGAACUGGAGGAGAGGAACCAGAGACAGAGAGAAAAGGAGGGAGAAUUAGAAGAGAGAGACCAGCAACUGGUGAGACUAGACAGUGAAUGUAAAGAGAGAGAGAAGAGACUGAAAGAUAAUAAAAAAGAACUAGGAGAGAGAGAUGAACUACUGAAAGAGAGAGAUAAAGUGUGUAAUGAGAAAGACAAGCAGCUGAAGGAGAAAGAUGAUGAACUAAAGAGGAGGCAGGAGGAACUGGGAGAGAAAAACAAACAACUAGGAGAGAGAGACCAACGACUGGAGAGACUAGAGAGUGAAGGUAAAGAGACACAGAAGAGACUGCAAGAGAAGGACAAACAACUAAGAGAGAGAGAUGAACUUCUAGAGGACAGGAACCAGAAGCUGGAGGAAAAGGACCGACACCUGGAGGAGGUGAACAAGACACUGAGGGAGAGUGAAAAGAGGAUAGAAGAGAAGGAUUCACUCCUGGAGGAGAGGAAUAAACAACUAGAGGACACAGAGAGCAGACUGGAGGAAACCAAAACACAACUGAAGGAGAAGAACCAACACCUUCAGGAGAAAGAGACACAACUGGAUGACAUGACCCAGCAGGUGAGAGAGAAGGAGAGACAACAGGAGGAGCUUAGAAAAGACCUGCAGGACAAGAACAACCAAGAAGAGAAGCUCACAGUCCAACUGCAGGAGAAAGACUCGGAAGUAGAGGAGAGGAAACAGAGACUGAGAGAGAAGGAGGGAGAAUUAGAAGAGAGAGACCAACGACUGGAGAGACUAGAGAGUGAAGGUAAAGAGAGAGAGAAGAGUCUGGAAGAGAAAGACAAACAACUAGGAAACAGAGAUGGACUUCUGAAGGAGAGAGAUAAAGUGUGUGAUGAGAAAGACAAGCAGCUGAAGGAGAAAGAUGAUGAACUAAAGAGGAGGCAGGAGGAACUGGGAGAGAAAAACAAACAACUAGGAGAGAGAGACCAACGACUGGAGAGACUAGAGAGUGAAGGUAAAGAGACACAGAAGAGACUGCAAGAGAAGGACAAACAACUAGGAGAGAGAGAUGAACUGCUGAAGGAGAGAGACAGACAUGUGGAAGAUGUCAAAAAUGAAAACAUUAAACUUGCACAGCAGAUAUGUGACCUAAACACUGAGGUAGAGAGACAGAGAAAUGAGUUAUCGUUUAAAACCACUGAGAGAGGAGAGAUCUCAGAAGCAGCCCCCAAACUACCAAUCAGGAGGAGACGCAACAGCUUGGAUCUUCGUCCAAACAUGGGAGGAGAGACCCCAGAUACAGACCCACCACUACCACAGGAUGAAGGUUCUACUGUGGUCCCUGGAGUCAGGAGGAGACACAGCAUGGAACAACCUCCAGACAUGGGGGGAGAGAGCAGCAGUCCAGACCCUCCAGUGUCUCCCAGUGUGUCUGAGCUGAGACUGGUGCUGCUCGGGAGGACUGGGGCUGGGAGGAGGGCAGCAGGAAACACCAUCCUGGGCAGAGAGGAGUUUGGGGCCCAGGACAGCCCCUCUGCAGUCACCCAGGGGAGCAGGAGGAGAGAGGGGGACGUGUGUGGGAGACGGCUGGUGCUGGUGGACACUCCAGACUGGUUCUGCCCUGGACUCUCUCUGGAGGAGAUGAGACAGGAUGUGGGGCUGUGUGUCCGUCUGUCCGCCCCGGGACCCCACGCCUUCCUCCUGGUCGUACCAGUGGAGCCCUCUGAGGGGGAGGAGAGAGGAGCCAUGGAGAGAAUGGAGGACAUGUUUGGAGAGGGUUGUUGGGGACACACUGUCAUUCUGUUCACCCAUGAUGACAGUCUGAGAGAGCAGAGCAAGGAGGAGUUUUUCCAAACAGGAAGUCAGGACCUCCAGCAGCUUGUAGAGAAAUGUGGGAACAGGUACCACGUCCUCAACAUUAAGGACAGGGCCCAUGGCACUCAGGUCCCAGAGCUGCUGCACCAGGUAGAGGAGAUGGUGGCAGGAAACAGAGAGAGCUUCUACAGCAGUCAGACCUACCAGGGGGCAGAAGCCCAGGUCAGAGAGAUGGAGGGAAAGAUUCAGAGGGAGAGAGAGGAGAAGAUACAGAGGGAGGAGACAGAGAGGAAAGAGAAGUUUGAGACAGAGCUGCAGAACUCUCUGAAGAAGAUAGAGGGAGUGAUCCAGGAGCACGAGGGAGACAUCAGAACACUCAGCCAUCGAACAUCUGAACUGGAGAGACAGGUGAAGGAAGAGAGGGAUGAGGAGAAGAAGAGAGAGCUGGAGAGGGAGCUGAAGAGAGAGACUGACCGGAGAGAGGAGAUGGAGAGAAAGCUGGAGAGAUUUAGAGAGAAGAGAGAGAAUGAGAGGAGGGAGAGGGAGGAGAGACACAGGCAGGAGAUGGAGGAGUUCAGGGAGAACUAUGAAGGAGAGGCCAGAGUUGAAGCAGAGAGAAACCUGAUGAAGGUGGUCCUACCUGAGCUACAGAGGAGCAUCAUGAUCUCACACACUAAGAUGCAGAGAGAUUUCAGCAGACAAAUUCAGGAGAAGGAUAGACAGAUACAAGAGAAGGCUAGAGAGAUGGAGGUGAAGGAUAUAGAGAUAGAGAAACUGAUGCAACGACUGAUGGAUCUCAGUGGUCAGUUUAUAGAGGAGGUCAAUGAAAUCAGUGAAUGGAAGAGCCCUCAAACAUAGAGGAGGAGAUGACGAGAGAGGAGAGGAGGGCAAGAGUGUAGAUGAGGGGAGAAGGAUUUGGAUAUGUCGAACGCCCCUAAAGGAGCCUUCGUUUUGAUGGACUUUGGAGAAACAAAUUUUGAGGAAAAAAAAAAGAGAAUAAUGCUUAAUAAUGAAAAGUGUGCAUUUGGCAAAUGUGUUUGACUUUGUGCAUACGUAUAUCCAAGUUGUGCAUUAAAAAGUUGUAGAUGCUUGCAUACAUAUAUAAAGGUUUUGCAAUUUUCCGUG